AUGCUUCGAUAUAUUAUUCCACGAAGAAAAGCGAGUUUUUUAGCUGGAUUUCUAGUAACUUUUGUGUUUUUUGCAUUUAUUUUUCUGUCUGAUAAACCGAGAAGAUUCAAGUUUCCGAAUAUUGGUGGGUUUGAAAUAUUUAUUUUUCACUCAAAGAAAACAUAGUUUUUUUGCAGAAAAGCUAGCUGAAGAAGUGGUUCGAAUACCGGAAAAAUGGAAUGGUGAAAUGCACGUGCGACCAGAUUAUAGUGUAGCAAGGACAGGACCAGGAGAAAAUGGAAAACCUGUUAUUUUGACCGGAGACGAUGCGAUUCGAGGAGAACUUGAUAUGAAGACGUGGUUUAUGAAUACACAUGCGAGGUUGGAUUUUUGACAAGGAAUAUUUUAAAAAAUAUUGGAAAAAAUUAUACAGUAGUCUCUAAUCUUCGCAACGAGACCCAUAUCUUGCUACGUUUCAAAAUUACAAUGAAAAACCAAAAAUUAGCAAAAUCUUGACCAAAACGCAAGAAAAUUUUUUAAAUUCCAGUGACAAAAUCUCAUUGGAUAGAGAUGUGCCGGAUCCGCGAAUUGAAGAAUGCAGAAAAAUAAAAUACGAUUUGCAAAACCUCCCGAAAGCCUCAGUUAUUAUCAUAUUCACUGAUGAAGCUUGGACUCCUCUAUUACGAACAGUUCAUUCAGUUGUAAAUCGAAGUCCGCCGGAAUUAUUGCAUGAAGUAAUUUUGUUGGAUGAUAAUAGUCAGAGAGGUAUGAAUUAUAUGGACUUUUGGUCUCACAGAGAUUUCAAGUUUUGUGUAUUUCUCGUGGACAAUUUUUCGAAAAAAAAAUCAUUUUUUUCAGAGGAACUCCAUUCGCCGCUUGAUGAGCAUAUAAAACGAUUUAAUGGAUUGGUGAAACUUGUUAGAAAGAAUGUGAGACACGGAUUAAUUCGAGCAAAAUUAGCGGGUGCUCGAGAAGCGACUGGUGAAGUUAUUGUGUUUUUGGAUUCGCAUUGUGAAACAAAUCAUGGAUGGUUGGAACCAUUAGUUCAACGAAUUCAUGACAAAAGAAAUGCAAUUAUUUGUCCAACAAUUGAUAUGAUUUCGGCUGAAACUAUGGCAUAUUCUGGAUCUUGGUCAUUGGCUGUUGGUGGAUUCUCUUGGGCAUUGCAUUUCACUUGGGAAGGAAUGCCGGAAGAUGAAAGAUUGAGAAGGAAAACUGAAACUGAGUAUAUUCGAUCACCAACUAUGGCUGGAGGAUUGCUUGCUGCAAAUCGAGAAUAUUUUUUCGAAGUUGGUGGAUAUGAUGAAGAAAUGGAUAUUUGGGGAGGAGAGAAUUUGGAGAUAUCAUUUAGAACUUGGAUGUGUGGAGGAUCUAUUGAAUUUAUACCAUGUUCGCAUGUUGGACAUAUUUUCAGAGCUGGACAUCCAUAUAAUAUGACAGGUUGGUUCAUUUUGAAGAAAAAAGAUAUUUGAGCUAUGUCGAUUUGCAAAAUUGACAGUUGUAAUCUCAAUUUUUAUCACUUCAAAAUCCCUAUUUAAAUUCCAGGAAGAAAUAAUAAUAAAGAUGUUCAUGGAACAAAUUCGAAAAGAUUGGCUGAAGUUUGGAUGGAUAGUUAUAAAAGAUUGUAUUAUAUGCAUAGAGAAGAUCUAAUAAAUAAAGAUGUUGGAGAUUUAUCAUCGAGAAAAGAAUUGCGACAAAAAUUGAAUUGUAAAUCAUUCAAAUGGUAUUUGGAUAAUAUUGCAAAAGGACAUUUUAUCAUGGAUGAAGAUGUGAAAGCAUAUGGAACUGUUAGUUUUCUUUCCUCGUAUUUUUGCUUCAAAUAAUUAUAUUUCAGCUGAUGACUCAAGUAAAAGAUAGUCGAAUGUGUAUUGAUACUUUGCAAAAAGAUGAGAAGCACUCGAAUUUGUUGGGAGUUUUUCCGUGUCAAGGAAAAGGAAGUGCAUCGCAAUUGAUGUCAUUGUCAAAAGAGGGAAAUUUGAGGCGAGAAACGACGUGUGCAAGUGUUGAAAAUGAUAAAAAUGUGCGGAUGAAGAUUUGUGCGCGAGAUGCGAAGCAUAAUGAUGAAUGGGUUUAUGAGGUGAGCAUUUUUUGGGAAAUUUAUAGAUUUUGGGGGUGGAAAAUCUGAAUUUUCUUUCUGGCACUUAAAAAUUGUAUAUUUGUGUUCUCUCAGAUUUUCCAUAAUUUCUCUAGAUUCCAAGUUUUCAGAAUUCCCUUCUCCGAAAUGUCCGAUCAAAUCGAUGUUUAUCAACAGCUCAACUCAAAGCCAGUGAUGAUAUAAUUGUAACAGAAUGCGAUGAAAAUGAUCCGCAUCAAAAUUGGAAAUUCCUAGACCCGCGGGCUUAA